UGCGAGUGCGAGCGGUUAGAACACUCACCAACUCAAUUCAAGCGAUCUCCAACAGCAGAGUGUGCGAGGAGAGACAAGAGCAGAUACAAAGAGCGACGCAGCGACGCAGCGACGCAGCGACGGAGAGCGAGGUGUCAGAGCAACGCAGCAGAGACAACGUCAAGAACGAGGCAAAAAGCUUUAGACCCAGCAGCUGGAGCUUCAUUCUCGAGUUGCGGUUCAACGGUUUAGCACACGCACAACAAGCAAGAAGCCGACAGCAUCGGCAGCAAGCGUAAAGUACUGUACAAAUCGUGUUCGUUGUGUAAAGAUCGGUGAAGCAGUCCAAGCAGUUUAGUGGAGCGGCUAAAUUUUGCAAUCCCAGUAAAGUGAAUUUCCUGCCGCGAAUUAUGCCUUCGGCCACAUUUGUCCUCGAACAUUUGAUGGCGGCACAAACUCGUCUGGACGAGGCCCACAGAGCAACACCAGCGGCUCCCACAUCCGCAUCCACCUCCACAGCUUUGGCCACUCAAGCAACGAGCAAAGUCGAUUCGUAUCAGAAGAAAUUGUUAUUGGCUUUGAAGAAAAUUGUGCAAUAAACAGAAGCAAACUCCAUUCGAGAAUACAUGCAUUUUUCCCCUUUAUCAAACUGACUAAUAUAAAUAGUAAAAAAGCUAAACAAACCGAAAACAAAUAAAAAACAAACAUGAACAAGAACAAGAAUUCUAGUUUUACAUCGGUGUGCAACUAGUUACAUAAAAAAAAGAAAUAAAAAUAGUCAUUUAAAAAAACCCCCAACAACAGCAGAAACAACAACAGUCGACGCGUUAUUCCACUGUGGAAAUUUUCAGUGCCUGUUCGAAUAUUACAAUAUCGUUUUUUUCCUGUGUACCUUUUUUUAGUUUGUGUAGGGAAAGUGCUCAGGCGGCAAAGACACGGCAAGAUGCUGUUCAACAAAUGCCUGGAAAAGCUGUCCAGCUCGCUGGGAAAUGUUGUCAACCAAAAAUUACAAGAGAAACAAGUCUACAGCCAUAAUAAUAAUAAUAAUAACAGUUUUAAUAAUAACUAUAUUAAUAACAAAAACAACAACGUAUACAAUAAAAAACGAAACUUUGAGUACGAGCGGGCCAUUCAGGCGCAUUACGGAAGUGCCGGAGGAUGCGGAGACGGAGAUAGGCACAGGGAGAGGGUCAGAGACAGACCCAAGUCCAAAUCGGGCAAAUGCCGAAUGUCUAAGGCAACCACACCACCUGCACCUGCACCUGCAACAGGAACAGCCACAACAGCAACAACCACAGCAAGCACUACAAUGGGGAGUCGCGAGUGCAUGAGCCACGAUGAGCUGGCUCUGAUCAUCAGGGGCCAUACCAACAACCACCACCAGCUAAAUAGACGGCGUCCGGUCUCGGCCCAGGCGUCAUCGGCGCCCUCUGCCUCCACAUCCACCGAAUCCCUGCACCGACUGACCCCACCAAAUUUGGUGGCCUCCUAUCCCGCCACACCCACCUCCUGGUCGAGCGCACCUCCACAGUUUCCAGCGGGCCUCGGCAGCGGCACCUGCUCCACCAGCACCUUGGUGCUGCUGGCCCACAUGCGCGUCCAGCUUUAUGGAUACACAUGGUUUCAUGGCAAUCUUUCUGGCAAGGAAGCGGAAAAAUUGAUAUUGGAGCGGGGCAAGAAUGGUUCUUUUCUUGUCCGUGAAUCUCAAAGCAAACCUGGUGAUUUCGUUCUCUCCGUUCGAACGGACGACAAAGUAACGCAUGUCAUGAUUCGAUGGCAGGACAAGAAGUACGACGUGGGCGGAGGGGAAUCUUUUGCCACACUCUCGGAACUGAUCGAUCACUACAAGCGUAAUCCAAUGGUGGAGACGUGCGGAACGGUGGUGCACCUGCGGCAGCCCUUUAACGCCACCCGCAUCACGGCAGCCGGGAUCAAUGCCCGCGUGGAGCAGCUGGUCAAGGGCGGCUUCUGGGAGGAGUUUGAGUCGCUGCAGCAGGACAGUCGGGACACUUUCUCCCGGAACGAGGGCUACAAAACGGAGAACCGUCUGAAGAACCGCUAUCGCAACAUAUUGCCAUAUGAUCACACGCGGGUGAAGCUACUGGACGUCGAGCACAGCGUGGCUGGGGCGGAGUACAUCAAUGCCAACUACAUCCGACUACCCACUGACGGCGACCUGUACAACAUGAGCAGCUCGUCGGAGAGCCUCAACAGCUCGGUCCCUUCGUGCCCGGCCUGCACUGCGGCGCAGACGCAGCGCAGCUGCCCCAACUGCCAGCUGCUGAACAAGACCUGCGUCCAGUGCGCGGUCAAGUCCGCCACGCUGCCCUACAGCAAUUGCGCCACCUGCACCCGCAAGUCGGACUCCCUCAGCAAGCACAAGCGCAACGAGUCCUCGCCCCUCUCCGCCAACGGAAUCGGGGGGAGCUGCGGCAUGAACGGCAGUCCGGUUCCGGGGACCCCCACCAGCGUGACUGGUGCCAAUGCCGGGUGCCUGGUUGGGUUGCUGAAACAGAAGCACGUCGGGGAUACGACCUACGGGUCCAUGACGAUCGCGGAGCGGGAAAGGGAGAGGGAGCGCGAGCGGGAGAUGUUCAAGACGUACAUCGCCACACAGGGGUGCCUGCUGACGCAGCAGGUGAACACGGUGACGGACUUCUGGAACAUGGUGUGGCAGGAGAACACGCGCGUCAUUGUAAUGACCACCAAGGAGUACGAGCGCGGCAAGGAAAAGUGCGCCCGCUAUUGGCCGGACGAGGGCAAGUGCGAGCAGUUCGGGUCCGCGCGCAUUCAGUGCGUCUCGGAGAACUCCACCAGCGACUACACGCUGCGCGAGUUCCUCGUCUCCUGGCGGGAGCAGCCACAGCGGCGCAUCUACCACUACCACUUCCAGGUCUGGCCCGACCACGGUGUGCCCGCGGAUCCCGGCUGUGUUCUCAACUUCCUGCAGGACGUCAAUACGAAGCAGAGCAAUCUGGCUCAGGCCGGCGAAAAGCCGGGUCCCAUCUGUGUGCACUGCUCGGCGGGCAUCGGACGAACGGGCACCUUCAUCGUGAUCGACAUGAUCCUGGAUCAGAUCGUGCGAAAUGGACUGGACACAGAAAUAGACAUCCAGCGCACCAUUCAAAUGGUGCGGUCGCAGCGUUCGGGCCUGGUCCAGACGGAGGCCCAGUACAAGUUCGUCUACUACGCGGUCCAGCACUACAUCCAGACGCUGAUCGCACGCAAGCGGGCCGAGGAGCAGAGCCUCCAGGUCGGCCGAGAGUACACCAACAUCAAGUACACGGGCGAGAUUGGCAACGAUUCACAAAGAUCUCCAUUACCACCAGCAAUUUCUACAAUAAGCUUAGUGCCAAGCAAAGCACCAACGACGCCUGGAGUUGGAGGAGGAGCUGUUUUGAUGGCGACAGGGGAGCCACUGGGCAUGGCGAUGGGGAUGGGCGCGGCAAUGGCCGGGAACAAACAUGGCUCCAAGCAGCAGCCCCCGCUUCCGGGAUCGGUCACCCACCACAACAACAACAACAACAGCAGCAGCAGUGGCAGUGGCAGUGGCAGUGGCAGCGGCAGCAGUGGGAGCAGUGGGAGCAGCAGCAUCUGCAGCAGCGGCAACAGCAGCAAUGGCAACUUGAACGGGCUGCUAGGUGGCUUCGGCAUGGGCCUGGGACUGGGGCACGGCAACAUGCGUAAGUCGCACUUUUACAGCGACUCGCUGAAGCAGCAGCAACAACAGCGCGACGAGCAGUCGGUGGCUCCAGCGGGAUCAGCAAAAUACAAAAACAUUCCCAAAGACAUGAUCGGCCUACGCCAGCCGAACCAUGCGUCAUCCUAUACCGCUGCGUCUCAGUCUCAUUCAGCGCCUGCGUCCGCGUCGCUGACCGGGCCGGCGCCACCGACGCCCCCGCCGCGAAAAACAUGACAAAUGAAUUUCUGAAUCCUCGUGCCCGGGACAUCGUUAAUUCUAUCGCAAUAGACAGCCGAGAACGUCGCCAAUCGAAGACCCCUGAUCGCGUCCGCGUCCGCGCUCCUCCCCCCGCACCAGUCCCCUAAGAUGCGCACAGAAAGUCGCCCUGCCGCCCCCGCCCCCCUUCCCUUUUAAUCGUGUUACUAUUGUAUGUACACUAGUGUGUGUGUGUGUAUGUGUGUGUGUUGAUUUUUUUUUGUAAUAGUUGUAGCUUUAUAUAUAUAUUUUUUAAUUUGUGUGUAAUUCUUAGUUGUAUAUGUAUGUAUGUAUGUACUUUUAUUUAAUUGUCUCGCUUUAAGUUUAAAAUGGACCCCCCUCCCCCCACUCUAAUUCAAAAAAUUCCUUUCCUGCACACAACUGCAAAAAACUCCCCGCCCUGCGCAGGCAUAUUUAUGUACAUAUAUGUAGUAGAUGUUUAAAGAGGAACAAGAAGAGAAGUAACAUGAGCGUAGCUGCAGCAAUUGCGAUGUAUGAAGAGAGAAUCGCGAAGUAUACCAACAAAGGAGAAGAGUAAGCAGACAGGGAAUCAAGUUUUGGGCUUGCAAGUGUUGAAAAAUCAAAAGGAAACGAAAGAGAUUAAGUAUAAUUAUAUAGGAAAGCAGGAGAAACGAAAAGAAAAGCGUUGAUUGGGACUUCAGUAAUGGCGAGAACAGACAUCAACAGAUGACUACAAAUAAGAGAGCAUGUUCGUCCCUACGUUUACUUUGCAUAGCCUUUGCACAGCUUGAUAUCUCUAUGUGCAUAUGUAUGUACUUUAUCCGCCCUAUAUUCGCCUUACAACCACAUCUGUGCACCCACCAGCAGCUGUUUAGCGCCCUCCUGGCAUAUUCUACAAUUGUUUGUCUAUUAUUUACAUACCUUAAUGUGUAGGAUGUACAUAUGCACACAAAUAUGUAUGUACGUGCCGAAAAUGUGUUUCAAACCGAAUAACCAACCUUAGAGCGUUUCCGAAAUCAAAAGAUGCCUCUUCAACGCAUUUUACAGUUGAUAUCAGUUACCGAUUAUAUGCAAAAGUGCAACACAUAUAUUAUAUAAUAAUAUAGUUUGCAUAAAAACUUCCUAGAAGAAAAUUUUGAAUUCACUAACGUUUUAGCAAAAAGUUUGCGUAUGAAUCCUGACCGGUACUGAGCUCGUUUUUCAAACUUUUCAAAAAUGCAGAACGAAAAGUGAACAGCAGCUUUUAGAUACCAAUUGUUUGACAAUUUCGAAAUUGCAGUCAGCCAUGCAUGCCCACAAUGUUUUGUUAAUGUUUUGCGUAAAGCGCUUGUUGAGUGUAUGUAUGUAUGUGUGAGCUGUAGGCCACUGCAUAUUUUUCUACGAUAUCUCUAUAUGUGUUGUAUACGUAUUCGAUAAUAAUUUAUAACGUUUAAGAAUGGUGUUACAUUUUAAAUGGAUCAAUCGUGUUUGCCGACACUUCUGCAAUUCAACUCUAGUUGUGUAUUUGUCGCUGUCUCUCUACCUUUCCCCCUCUCUCUCUCUCUCUCUCUCUCUAUCUCUCUCAAAAGCACUCUUUUUUUUGUCUCUCUAUACAUAUCUCUCUCUCUGUUUCUGUUUCUGUUUAUGUUUUUUUGUCUAUGUUCGAGUACUCAGUUCUAUAUGUAGGUCUUAUUUCAAGAGAAAGUAUAGAAGGUUGAAACAGAAUCAAACUCAAUAUACGUACAACGUGUGUACCUUGAGCGCUGCCCCGUUUCUGAAACAGAAAUCGAAGAUCAAGAGAGAUCAGAAACUGAAAAUCAACGAGAAUAUAAAAGCCCCUAUAUAUAGGAAAGAUGAGCCCACACCCUUGAAAGCAGCCACAAAUCGAUUAGAUAUGGAUAGUUGAGUAGGAACCUCAAUAUAAGUAAAAUACAAUAAUUAACAUAUGUAUGUAUAUUCUUUAGUUUACCUUAUUUUACCUUAUCUUAUGCUUUUGUAAGUGCUUUAAAUUGUUAUUCAUCUUGAUCUUGCAAA